UCUAGUUUCUUAUAAAAAGUAAACAAGUAUUGUGAGCUUUGUAUACAUCUUGCACGUAUGUUUCAUAUCAGUAUCCUCUCAUAUUGCAUGCUGCGUAACCUUGACUACUAAGGAUGGAUCCCAAGCAAGAUACAUUCAAUGAGUCAGUGUCUUCAAUAUUAGAGCGGAAAGUUAGGGGGUGGUUAAGUGGAGUGAUUGAUGAUAUGCGCCGCAGCAGUCCUGUGCAGCAGUGGCUGGACUCCCUCCCGGCCGACGGUGUCGACAAUGACGCUGAAAAACGAGAUGAAGAGACCCUUAAAGUAGUCAAAUCUGAUGAUAGCAAAGCUGAAUCGGUCACUGAUAACACGGUUGUCGAGGCCACUGAUGAAGUACAAGAAGAACGAAACUUAGAUGUACCUACUCCUAAAGAUUGGAAAAGAAAAUCGCUAGAAAGUGGGGUGCUUACAAGUGCAUCUCCUGGCAAUGUUAGGAAAAGGUUACAGAGAGAUCAUUCUGUUCAGUCUGAGGGUUAUUCUCCUAAACUGAAAAAUCCACUUCUAAGAGAUUAUUCCCUUCAGUCAGAUGCAAGUGGAUCGAGUGGCAGUUCGGUUCUGAAUGUGCUUGGAGCUAGAAAAGUGGAUGCCGAGUCAGUACUACUGGCUUUGGGUUUUGGACCUAGUGAGAAACAACAGAAACUACAAAGGAUACCUGAUAGAUUUUUAGUUCCAUCUAAACUGAAAGGCAUCAGUACGGAUAAGUUUAUCAAAGAUGAGCAACAUUCCAUGCGCAUGCACGACUGUGGAGUGUUUGGGUACCGAGGACUGACUGAACACUGCACGCCAGUCUGCCGAUUCAUGAAAGUUAUGCCCUCCGCCAGCCAUAUUGCGGUGCCGGAAAUUGCUGUACAGGAAUCCCCAUGUACCACCGUCGACAAUUGUAGCUAAGAUAAUGGAGUGCAUCUUGCAGGACGACGUGUGUCGCGAGGAAGCCAUGUUAAAGGCGCGGCAUUCCAUCGCGGACAUGCGCAGUCCGCUCGCCGCGCAUGUCGUGGCCGCGCGCCACUCACGCGCACACCA